UGAAGAGUACCACCUCCACAUUUUUCUGUAGAGCGAGAACAGAAGCACUCCAGUCAUCAUGGCGUAUUUGUUGGUGUUUGUACUUUUCUUGCUUUUACCCACUCAAACUAAAGCCAGCGACUUUCUUGGGAAUUCACUGAGUUUCUCAGUUGGAAAAGAGAACCUUGAUGGCUCCCUGGAGGUGAAUAUUCGUUACAGGGAGUACAGGAACGAAAGCUGUGGCAGCGAGCACAUCAACUGGCUGUGUCAGAGCGGAGACUGUGGAGCUCAGACUCAGUCAGACGUGCUCUCCACUGAAGACAGCUCAGGCAAUGAUGCAUGGUGCCAGUCUGAUGGGUACAUGACAAGGAAAGUGACCUCUGAUUCUACUUUUCUUUUAAGGGACACAGGAUGCUGCUGGGGUUCAAAUGUACACGGAGCCCAUGAGUGGACAGCAGAUACCCUGGUGAACGUGGGAACACGGUCAGAUACACACAAGCCAAACAGAUCACCAGUGUCUGCGACUGUACCAAGACUGCGAGUCCCUCAGAAUUGUGUCAUGGAAAUCAAACUGCUGGCCCAUGACCCUGAUGGCGACAAUGUAAAAUGCAAGUUUUCCAGACUGGCAGGAGAAGCCUGUGCAUCCUGUCACGCUCAUCCAAACUUCAACCUGGACGAGGAGCUUUGCGUUCUACGUGGGAAUGGCUCUGUACCUAUUGGAACCCAUGUGUUUGAGAUGGUCUUAGAAGAUUAUCCCACAAAGGACAUCACCAUUAUGAACAUCAAUGGGACAUCUCUCAGCAAGAGUAGCCUCAAUGCCAGUGCAAUGACAAAUCCAGCACCGAUAAGUCAGGUCCCACUGCAGUUUACACUUGAGGUUCUUUCUCCAUCUGAAAACUGUGUGAGUGGCGCAACAAGGCCUCAGUUCCUGACUCCAACACCUUCUCAUGGAGAAGUUCAAGUCACAGCAGUGGGCCACAUGCACCAGCUGAGCAUCCGAGCCCAGUCGACAGAGAGCAGAAUAGUGGACUUCCAGAUUAGUGGACCUUGCAAUAUGUCCAAAUCCCUGCUCAUGGAGGAGAAUGGUGUUGCUGUGGCAACAGUGGAAUGGAUGCCUCAUCAGAGUGAUCUGCAUCACUCCAUCCCAGUGUGCUUCACUGCAGACACAGAGGCCAGCCAGUCAGAGAUGAGGUGUGUUGUGCUGACGGUAAAACAGUCUCUGCCCCUGUCAGGUAUAGGAAAGGUGACUUGCGAAGGUAAUAUAAUCGACGUAAGUGUGAGCAAAGCGUCCAUACCAGGCAUAGACCAGGAAUGGCUGCGCCUGAAUGACCCUUCCUGCUCCCUGGCAUCAAACGAUACCCAUGUUAUGGCCACAAUAUCCAUUAACACCUGUGGGACAGUUAUGGAGGAGGAAGGUGAUUUCCUUGUUUUCAAAAACAUGAUCACCUCAUUCAAUAACCCCAAUUCAGUCAUCACAAGAAGGCGACGGGUCACGAUCGACUUCCAGUGCCAGUACCCCAAGGUGGCCAGCGUUCACAGCCAUUAUUUGAACACCAAAUCUGACUACAUUUUCACAGAGGGCAGCUUUGGAAGCUUUGGCUACAACUUCGAGAUCUUCUCGGACAGCACCUUUAGCACUGCCAUAGCCCCUGAGACGUACCCAGUGGAGUACGAGAUGAUGCAGAUGAUCUACAUGGGGAUCAAGUCGCACUCUGCACUUCCUGAUACCAAGCUGUUUGUGGACUCAUGCAGAGCCACGCCCACUACCAAUCCAAAGAGUACUGUCUACUAUGACCUAAUCAAAAAUGGGUGCCUUGAAGACGAAACCGUGAAAACAUAUCCAGGGGGUUCAACUACUUUUGAUUUUGAGAUCCAAGCCUUCAAGUUCACUGGAGAUUUUGAUGAGGUCUUUAUUUCCUGCUCAGUGAUUUUGUGUGAGGCAAACAACCCAAAUUCCAGAUGUGCUCAGGGCUGUGUAAAAGAUGCUUCUCGCAGGCGCAAACGAGAGGGCACAAUGGAGACAGCCAGCCACUUUCUGACUCAAGGUCCGUUUCGUGUGCGCAGAGAGAGUCCAGGGAUGGUCGAUAAGGAUUUGAGGGCUGCCUCCAGUUCCAGUGAUAAAGCAAAUGUCGGCACCUAUGCUCUCGCCAGUCUUCUGGCGGUCACUCUUGUGCUUCUGGUGGCGGUCAUAUUCUACCGCCGUCAGAGAUACAGAAGCCUCAGCCAGCAAAACCUUUUGUUUUAAAGCACACUGGCUGUCAAUGAGUCUCAGACUGACAUACAUUACAAUAGCUUGGGGUUCACAAAGCAAACUUCUGUACAAGUUUAGGUUUUUGUUUUUGUGUAGGGAAAACAAAUCAAAUGGUUAAAUACUACUGAACAAGACCGUAUGGGUUUAGGUUUCUGUUAUGAAUUUGCUAUGCAGUGACACUGGCUUUCAUGCUUUUUUGGUUAUAUUAAACAAUAAUGAAAAUUAUUUCACACAAUGUUGUAUUGUUCUCUUUCAAAGACAUCUGACACAUUUGGCACACCAUUUUUUUACGUGUAUGAUGUUAUAAUUUACAGACAUUUACAAAGAAAAUAGGAAACAGCAUUUUUACAGUAUGAAUAAUUUGUGGGCACCCCUAUGAGAUUCCAUCAUAAAUUGCUGUAGUUUCAUUCAGACAUAUGGGUCAUUCUACGCUUCGUGUGCGCUUUUGGCAAACGCAAAAUGUAAAUUAUCAGUAUUUUUUUUUCAAAUAAAUGAGCUAGAUGUUUCCAUACAAAUUGCCAAGCUUAAUCUUAAAUCAUUUGAACAAAUACUCUUAUGAAAGCAAACAUUUGCUUCAUUAUUUUGUCAACAGUGUUAUGGACAAAUACUAUGUCAUUUCAAGCAUAUAUAAAAAAUACUACAGAGUUGAAACAACAUACGUUUGAAAGUGCCUUAACAAUAAUGUUGUCAUUAAUCUGUGCAACUGAUAUAGAAAAUGUGAUUGUUGAGCUUCAUAAGUAGGAUUUUAUGAUUCACUGUGAUACAGACUGACACAUGUUUCAUUAUAAAUCCCUGUAACGUCUGAUUUGAAUUUAGUCACCCUCCUUACACAAGACUUCCCUCUCCAGAGAUAAUCCCUAGUGUCUGUUCAUAGGAUUUUUCCAACACAUAAGGGAUCAAUAGCACAAAAAUACUUUCAAAACAGUCAACCGUGUUACUCAACUGUGUUACGGUCAACAGUGCAGGGGAACAAGUCGGCACUUUUUUAGGAGAAAAAACAGCAGACAAACCCAUCUCCCUAGAACACUAAUUAUUUUGUUUGUUUGUCUAUCAAUAUGGAGAUACAUUGGCAAAAACAUACUCCUCCUCAACUGUCAUAGCUGAUGCGUAACACCAUUGACGGUUACACGGCUUGACAUUUCAGCCAUUUUCAUUGUGUUGUGCUAACUGAGGACCUCAGAAGUUCCCCCACAACACCAGAGACAGUCUGGGUACAGACUUUGACAACACCUUAAUCAAUUCAUGUAUUUGUAUGCUUUAUCAGUGUUUUUCUACAUGUGAUUUCUAAUUCAGAUUCACACAAAAUGGCAAUUUUCAUGUAUAAUGCAAAGCACAAUGGUCUUUCUGACAGCUUUGUCAUAUUGUGAUGAUUAUUGUGAAUCAACAUUGGCCAAAACAUAUUUCUUUACAUGCUAAUACGAAAACUGAAUCUGACAUUUGGAAAACAGGACGGCAUGAAAACGCCCAAAACUAGUAUUAAAUAUUCAUUCUUGCUGAGGGAAGUAAUGUUAUGUUUUGACUGUUUGUAUUAUAUGACAGAUAAAUGUGUGCUAAUGUCCAAAACAUCAUUGGAUGCAGUUAAUAGUUAAUGGAAUUGGCAAAUAAUGUUCACCGACUUAAAAGCGCACACGAAUCGUAGAAUGACUUACAUGUUUAAUGACUUAAAAACAAAAAAUACAUCUGGACAUAAAAGCAUUUUGGGAAAUCAUACUGUGGUCAGGUGAGACUGGAUUAUAGUUAUUUGGCCAUUACAAUGGGAGGUGUGCACGAUACACUAAAUUCUACGAAAUUUGACAAAUGAUGCAUCCUGGGUCUGUCUGUCAGCUGUGCCGAGUUUGGAGUUUCCCGUAGUGCACUGAUUGUAUUGCACUGAUCAAAGUUCAACAAGGAGUUUAUGCAAAAGAACAUUACAAUGUCUUGAAAUAGCCACACCAAUCUUGAGAGCUUAACAUCAUGGAACAUGUAUAAAUUAAUUUGAAGCAGGCUGUCUAUACAAGGCGAUUGAAUUCUGGAUAGAAUAAUUCAGCAGUACCAGACUGCUGGAAGUUCUAUAGAAAGCAUCCAAAGGCCAUUAGAUCAGCAAAAGUGAGCUCUUCUUCAUAUUGGAAUACUGUACCUUGUUUAGGAUUCCCAUUUAUGCACAUGCCUGUUUUUUCUUGGAUACAAUUUUACCUAUUAAAAUGAUUU